AUGCCGGGAAGCAUCGUGCCAGCAUGUGGGAUUGCGCCGGAGAAGCUUUUGGCAAAACAGCAAUACAAAGUAGAUAAUAUCUCGCAGAACAUGUUCUCUGUUGCCACCCAGAAGGAUAAAAAGCUUAUCGUUCCGUCGACCCUUCUCCAAGGUGUUACAAUAGAAAAGCUGUGGGAAAAUAUAUUUGAAGGAUCUGAAUUCCUCCAAAAUUACCAUGACAGGAGGAAGGCGACAGAUAUUGUUAUUUCCCCAUGGGAGUACACAUCCGACUAUAGUAGUGGGUACCGUUUUCUCACAUUAAUGAUGAUUAUGGAUGUGCCAAAGGCCAACACCGCAGCUCAAUUGAACGAGGUCCAUCGCUUCGCGUACACAAGCGCCCCCGACAAUAAGCUGCUCCUUGUUUACCAGAUAUCGUCGCAAAUCCCGAGCAUCCCGGCGGGUACUUCUUUCCGUACUGAGUCCUUGCUUGAAAUCGCCGCUGACUCCCCUACGGCAGAUUGCUGUGUCACCAUUUGGGGGUGUUGUAAGAAAAUGUCCCUUGCCUUUUCUGCGAUCCAAUACGUUGUUCUACCGCGUGCGCUGAAGGAGAUGACGUCUGGUUAUAAGCUUAUGGUGUCUAUGAUUGCAGAAAGGCUCUGCAAAGAUAAGGCUGUGACGAUACCUCAGCUCCAGAAUGGCGACUCGGGAGAGGGUAAUGAAACCCUAGCAAAGUCAGAUUUUGACAACGGUGGUGGUUCGUCUUCUGAUGCGAACCCCAGCACUUUCUUACAUGGAACACUACUUUUACUGGCACUCAUGGUUAGUCUGAUACUUCUAUGGUCAAUGUCGUCCAUUCGUGGUGCUGCGCAGGAGGUAGCAAGAGUAUCACAUCUCAUGCAGAUGCGUGAUGAAGGCGUAGGCUGGACCGGGUGUUCUCAGGGCAUCAAAGCCAACAAUGUGUUUAGUAAAAGGGAAGGUGGGACACCAUCUGGUGUACUUACGGAAGAGGAUGUGUUGCUCUCAGCUGCGCGUGAAGCACAUGUGAGGAUGCUUCGGGCUCACUUGCUGGAACAGCGUGGCAUCAUUUCGCAGAUGCAAAGGUCCAUGCUAUGGAUGCGCAUAAUGUUGUACAUUCAAUGGAUUCUGUUUGUAGUUGUUGCUGUGAAAAAAUAUUUUUUCGGCGGCUGA